CUAGCACGUAGCGUGCCCGAUGGCCCGCUGCUCUCUUGCGCUUACGGGCCCCUCGUAUUUGGGUGUAAAGCCUUGCGUCUGCGGACCACUCGUGUUGUGUGUUAGGUACUGUUUGGAGUUUGGCCGGUCAGGAAUUCUGAUAGUUUUGCUGUGAAAAUCCCCCACAUGCGAUUGAACCGCGCUGAUAUAAAAGGCCACAGGACCACGCCGACUUUUUAGAACGAGUCUGAACACGAAAGACACCCACAAUAUUUACUCCUUUUCACCCGCAGGCUUGGAUAUUGCAUAGUUUAUCCAGCAUCAUGCCGUCAGAUUCAACGCUCGCAAUGCUGAAACAGCCGCUCUCUAUCCGACCAGACCAUGUCGCCUCACGCCCUACAUCCCUGGUAGUCAAACAACACACCAAGACCUGGACGGGCGGCGAUUUCACAAUAUCCACCCGAUCCGACAAUAGCUCCGCUUUGGAAACGCUGUUCUCCGUGGACGGUGAGGUAGCGUCGUUAUCUCAGCGACGACACGUCCGCGACGCCUCGGGCCUCCCUCUCUUUGAGAUCCGUCGCAAACGAAUGGGAGUAACAUGGUUCGUGCAUCUUCCGGGAGACAGCGACAACGACGAUGCGAAACCCAUCGCCACCAUCGCGCCGCGGUUACACGCGCUGAAGGACAAGUUCGACGUGCAUUUCAAGAAUGCGAGCGGGGACGGUGAGGACGUGAUGCUCGAGGUCCGCGGACAGGAUAUCUGGAAGUACCGGACGCACGUCUAUCACAAUGGGUCGUUGGUGAUGGUAGCGAAGUUGACCGAUAUGGUGUCUGUGUAUUUGCCGAUUAAGCGACCGAAAUGGGAGCUGGAGGUUGCGGAGGGAUUUGAUCUGUCGCUGGCGGCUACGAUCGGAGUCACCUUGGCGGCGCUACUAUAUCAGAGCAUGAUGCACUCGAGAAGCGCUCCAAGUCCGAGCAGUAAUGAACCUGGUGAAGGAAGCAGUGGGAAGCAAUAGCUUUGGUCACCCUAGGAGGUUUGGGGAAAUCAUAGUUACUAAGAGCUGGCUCAAUAAUUGUCAAUGUUGUUUUUAUAGUCUACUUUUUCUGUAUUCAGACAUGUUGUGC